AUGUUCGCCUCCUCUCUUCGUUCCGUCUGUCGCAAUGGCCUGGCAGGGGCCCGCGGCUUCAGCUCUACCGCCGCCGCCAGCGCUGCCGAGGUUAAGUCCCUCGGUGUGAUCGGUGCCGGUCAAAUGGGUCUUGGAAUUGCUCUGGUUGCUGCACAAAAGGCCAAAGUUCCUGUGACUUUGAUCGACAACUCCCAGGCAUCAUUGGACAAGGGCCUCAAGUUCGCCGACAAGCUUCUUGACAAGGAUGUCUCGAAGGAGCGUAUUACCCGAGAGGCCGCCGAUGCUGCUCGUGGCCUCCUUACGCCCAGCACCAAGAUGGACGACCUCUCCUCCGUAGAUUUUGUGAUUGAAGCUGUCCCCGAGAUUGUCGACCUCAAGCAGAAGAUCUUCACCAACCUCGCCCAGAUUGCGCCCAAACAUGCCAUCCUGGCCACCAACACAUCGUCCAUCUCCAUCACCAAGAUCGCGGCUGCCACGACCACUGACCCAACGGAUCUGCAGGCUCCGUCCCGAGUCAUUUCGACCCACUUCAUGAACCCCGUCCCCGUUCAGAAGGGUGUCGAGAUCAUUCGCGGUCUGCAGACCUCCCAGGAGACAAUGGACACGGCGAUUGCCUUUGUGCAACGCAUGGGCAAGGUGGCUUCCGUCUCCGCUGACUCGCCUGGUUUCCUUGCUAAUCGCAUCCUGAUGCCGUACAUCAACGAGGCUGUGAUUUGUCUCGAGACUGGCGUUGGUGGCCGUGAAGACAUUGACAACAUCAUGAAGACUGGUACCAAUGUCCCCAUGGGUCCUCUGACGCUGGCGGACUUCAUUGGUCUCGAUACAUGCCUGGCUAUCAUGAAUGUUCUGCACCAGGAGACUGGUGACAGCAAGUAUAGACCUGCCGGCCUUCUGCGCCGCAUGGUGGAUGCUGGCUGGAUGGGCAAGAAGACUGGCAAGGGCUUCUACGACUACUGA